UGCAGCAGUCUACGUGUACACGCAGUGGAUCCACACACACACACACAAACGGAGAACCCCCUGGCAAAAUGACCGUUGAGAGGAUAUUUGACGAACUCGGACAUUUCAAACGGUUUCAGGCAUGUGUGUACUUUGCCGCCACCUUCCAAGCCAUGGCCUGCGGGAUCCACUACCUAGCCUCCGUCUUCCUGGUGGAGACCCCCAACUUUGUCUGCGGCGUCCCCGGCAACAUCACAGAAGUCUUAUACGGCAACCUGACAGGAUAUAAUGUAGAGGACUUCCUGCCAGUCUUCAAAGCCGGGACGGGUCCUUUGGUGGUGAGGACUCAUCACGGGGAGCAGUGGGAGCUGGGCCGGUGCCAGCGAGCCUUACGCGUGGACCCCAGAGACUUUACGUACAACUUUGACGGCAAUAAAACGGUGGAGGUCUGCGAUGGGAACUUUGCUUACGACCACAGUGAGGUGUACCAGAGCAUCGUGACCGACUGGGACCUGGUCUGUGACAGAGCUUGGCUGGCCAAGCUGUGCCAACCCACCUUUAUGUUGGGGGUGCUGGUCGGGGCCCUGGUUUUUGGGGACAUUGCUGACAGGGUGGGACGAGUGAAGAUCCUCAUGUUCACCAGCUUCUGUCAGUUUGCCCUGGGGGUCUGUGUGGCCUUCUCCAAAAACUACUACUACUUUGUGGCGCUCCGCUUCCUCCUGGCCAUGGCGUCCAGUGGCUAUCUGGUGGUGGUGUUUGUCUACGUGACAGAGUUCACUGGCAUCAAGGUGCGCACGUGGACCUCCAUGCAUGUGCAUGCCGCCUUCGCAGUGGGCAUCAUGGUGGUGGCUCUGACCGGCUACCUGGUGCGAGAGUGGUGGAUCUACCAGAUCAUCCUCUCCUUGUGCACCUCGCCCUUCUUACUCUUCUGCUGGAAGUUCCCCGAGACGCCAUUUUACCUGAUCGCCAAAGGUCGCCACAAGGAAGCCCAAACCCUUCUGGACCACAUGGCCCGUGUCAACGGCCUGGAGUUGAGGUUGAAGGUGGAGGAGCUCCUGGAGUCGGAGCAAAAUGGUAAAGCUCUGCUGGAGAAGGAGGCGGCCGAGGUGCAGCCGGCCGAGGCGGAGAAGAAGCUGUCCAUCUUGGAUUUGUUUGGAAGCUGGAGGAUGGCGGGGCGGACGUGCACCGUGUGGGCCAUCUGGUUCAUCGGCAGCCUGGGAUACUACGUCUUCUCUUUGGGCUCCGUCAACCUUGGAGGAAACCAGUACAUUAACCUCUUCCUGGCUGGUGCGGUGGAGCUUCCCUCCUAUCUAGUGGGCUGCUUCGCAAUGGACCGUAUUGGUCGGAAGAAGACGUGCGCCCCGGCUCUGCUGCUAGCCGGGACGGCCUGCGUGCUCAUCAUCGUAGUCCCCGCCGACAUCGAGGCGCUGGCCAUCGCUCUGUGCAUGAUUGGAAAGUUCGCCAUCGCCAUCGCCUUCGGCCUCAUCUAUCUCUACACGUGUGAGCUCUACCCCACCAUCAUCAGGUCCCUGGCAGUGGGCAGUGGCAGCAUGAUGUGUCGGGUCGGCAGCGUGGUGGCGCCGUUCUGCGUCUACCUGGCGGAUGUCUGGAUCUACCUUCCGCAGUUAAUCGUGGGCAUCCUGGCCUUCAUCAUCGGAAUUCUGACCAUGUUGUUACCUGAGACCCUGGGCCGGCCCCUGACCACCACCCUGGAGGAGGCCGAGGCGUUGGGACACAGCCCCGGGAAGAAGAGGUCCACGCUGGGGGGGAAGGAUGCUGAGGAUGGGGUGGAGCUGAAGCAGCACGUGUGACAAAGUACGUUAACGUGUGACGGACAGACCGUGGGGGUGGGGGCGCUAUUGACUUACCCGAGCUAGACAUGUUGUUGUGCAAAAAGACCAGCUAUUUGGUCUUCAAUGAUGUGUUCAUUUGUACUGGUUAAAGCCGCAUAUAGUAUACGGGACAAAAAAUAAAAAUAACAGCCGUACGCUACAUCGUACAAUGUUACGCUAAAACUGCCUGGGUUUUUUUUUUUUUUUUUUU